AGGCGGGGAAGAGGGAGGGAACGAGGGAGGGGGGAAGGGAAGGAGGGAGGCAGGCGAGGGGAGGGAGAAUGAGAAAUGCAGAGGCAGCAGCGGCGGCGGCGGCAGUAGCAGCGGCGGCAUUGCUCCAAUAGGCUCCCCUCACUCCAGUCUCCGCUCUAGAGCCCGGGAGAGACAUCCCGCCACCCAGCCCCAGCCGAGCGGACCCUAGGCUCCCCGAAGCUCUCUUGGUGACACCAGGGCGCACCUCACAUACACCGAGGGGGCGGAAAAGAGAACAAAUCCAGAACUCCAAAGAUGGGAGGCAAGCUCAGCAAGAAGAAGAAGGGGUACAACGUUAAUGAUGAGAAAGCCAAGGAUAAAGACAAGAAGGCUGAAGGAGCCGGUGCAGAGGAAGAAGAAACUCCCAAGGAGAAUGAUGAGGCCCAGACAGUGGCAGAGACCACAGACGUGAAGGAGGGCAAAGAGGAGAAGGCCGAUAAAGAUUCGCAGGUCACUGUUAACAAGACUGAAGAUAAGGAAGUGGAGAAAGAUGCAGCGGCUGGCAAAGAAGAGGCUCCGAAAUCAGAGCCUGAGAAACAAGAGGCUGUCCCUGAUGGAAAGGUGGAGCCGCAGAAGGAUACUGAGCCGGAGCAGGCUCCUGCCUCUGCCCCGGCGGCCAGUAGUGAUGCUUCUAAGACUUCGGUAUCUAGCACCGAGGCAAAGGUCUCCCAGUCUUCAGAAGCCACAGCAACUAGUAAAGUAGAUGACAAGAGCAAAGAGGAAGGGGAAGCCAAAAAGACUGAGGCUCCCGUCACCCAAGAAACUAAAAGUGAAGUGGCUCCGGCUUCAGACUCAAAACCUAGCAGCGAAGCUGUGUCUUCUUCCCAGGAGACCCCAGCAGCAGCGGAAGCCCCUAGCUCUACACCUAAGGCCCAGGAACCUGCAGCCCCAGCAGAAGAGGUUAAACCUUCUGAGGCUUCGACCGCGAAUUCGGAGCAAACCAUAGCAGUGAAAGAGUAACAUGGACAGCCUAGUGAAAAAAUAAUAAUAAUAAUGAUGAUGAUAAUUAAUAAUAAUCACUUAAAAACAACCUGUGUCUCUCUCUCUCUCUUUUUUCCCCCCAGCUAUACUAACUUGUUUCAAAUCUGAAAUAGCGAUAUGUAUUGCCCCCAAAAAAGGAUAUUCCCAUCAAGGGAGGGAGGGAGAGGGUGGGGGAGAGAAUCCAAAUAGUAUUUUUGUGGGGAAAUAUCUAAUAUACCUUCAGUCAACUUUACAAAUAAGUCCUGGAUUUUAAAGAUGGAUGUCUGAAAGUACAAUACAUCUUUUGUACCUGAACUGCUGUUAGAUGCACUCCACCGAUAUAUCAAAAUCUCUUUUCUUCUUCUGUAAUAGGGUUUGGGAGUGAUGUGUUUGAUUCUGCCCACAGGGCCUGUGCCAAGGCAAUCAGAUCUUUAUGAAAGCAGUAUUUUCUGUGGUUUUUUUUUUAUUUACAGCCUUUCUUAUUUUGAUAUUUUUUUAAUGCUGUGGAUGAAUGCCAACUUUCAGACAGUACCCACUUAGCUGUCCACAUUUUUUCUCAAUGCCAAUCCUCCAUUCUUCCUCUCCAGAUAUUUUUGGGAGUAACAAACAUUCUCAUUCUACUUAGCCUACCUAGAUUUCUCAUGACGAGUUAAUGCAUGUCCGUGGUUGGGUGCACCUGUAGUUCUGUUUAUUGGUCAGUGGAAAUGAAAAAAAAAAAUCUGCGUUCAUUGCAGUUCCAGUUUCUCUUCCAUUCUGUGUCACAGACACCAACACACCACUCAUUGGAAAAUGAAAAAAAUACACAAAAAAACCAAGAAAAAAAACGAAAUGUACAAUGGAUGCAUUGAAAUUAUAUGUAAUUGUAUAAAUGGUGCAACAGUAAUAAAGUUAAAUAAUUUAAAAAGUUGUACAGGCUGUUAGUUUUGUUUAGGUUUUCUUCUUUCUCUUAAGAUAUUCUUAUAAUAGAACUGCCCCUGGAAUGAAUACAAUAUUCCAUCACGAAAUAACAUCCAGAGUGAGAAAAUAAAUCAAGUCAUCCUCAAUGUCAUGGUAGUGAAAAAUCAAUCUGCUUUAAUGAACACUGAAGCAAAUUUGAUGACUUGGAAGAAAGGAAUUCUAAUUUGGGUGCUUUUUAGUGUUAAGGGCCAUGAUAGCAUGUUCUCCAGGUUCCUGGUGCUGAUGUCCAGCAGUGUUCAGUUUGUGUGGUAUGGUACGUGUAACAUUAUCACCAUUCCCAGUAAAACGAAAGCAUCUUCAACUCCACCAUUUUCAGCCUACCUUUGGAUGGGGUGGGUGAAGGAUAAAAAUCUGGCACUAUGCCUUUGGUUAGUAGCCGCAGUAUCUGAAGUAGCACAAGUAGUCAGGUACACAACAACAGGAAGUUUUUUAAACUGAAAAAAUAUGAAGAAUUUCCCAUUUUUAUUUAGUAUAAUGAUUCUCAAGGUGCUGGCUUACAUUGAUAUUGAAUGAGAAUAAAAAUAGUGUUCAGUAUUUUCAAUUUAAAAAGAAACCUUCAUGUCCCCACAUUUUCUCUUCUACUUAGAGAAUGCAAAUUGAAGUUUGCAUUAUUAUUUAGAAAACAUUCUUCCCUGGUGUAUCCUUUUACCACUGAGCUCAGUGACAGCCCACAUAGCUAAAUCUGUAAGCUUGCAUUUAAAGCUACAUAGCACUUCAAUACAGACCCUUUUCUAUUUUUGCAUGUCAUGUUCUGUGUGAUGAAAUUGUAUUAAAAACCGGUUCAAUACUUGA